AUGAUUGAAAUUUAUAUGGAUGAUGAAAAUAGUUGUAAUAAUAUUAUUGAUAUUGGAAAAUUGAAUAUACAUUCUGGAAAUAUUUACUCACAUCGAGAUUUUAACAAAAAUUAUUUAUAUCUACCAGAAAUUGACUGUAUGAUUACAAUCAAAACCAAAAGUCGCAUUUGGCUACGUGUAGAACACUUUAACACUAAUUCAACAUCCUUCCCCCGGUGUUUAGAGUACAAAUAUGCUAGUGUGGAAGAUCGAUUACAAAUUUUUGACGGUCAUCGUAAUGGUUCAUUACUGCGUAUCGUCUGUGGCAGAGAUACUGAUAAAAAUUUUGACUUAUCGUUGUUAUUACUCAAAAGUUCAAUGUUUACUCUUCAUUGGCAAACAAAAAGUCAAGCGUUUGGUUUCAAAAUAAAAUUUGUCUCUUAUGAAUUAGCCUACGAGGAUAAAUGUCGUCGUAAUGAAAGUUUUCUUUGUGAAAAUAAACGUUGUAUCGAUGAAUCGAUUGUUUGCGCAGACGAAGAUCAAUGUGGUGAUGAAAGCAAUCUUCGAUUAGAUAGACGAGUGCUCUACGGAUGUCAUCCGCAAAUUUUGUGGUCUGUACAUUCGAUGGAAUUGGAAGAUUACAAUAAUCAUGAUGAUAACAUGGUGCAAAUGCAUCCGUAUCAGGCAGCCAGAUUGCUUCCAUUGAAGUAUCCAUUAGUAGUCACACAAACAGAAAUGUUGAAUGAAAAUAUUGACAGCAAUAACGAUGAUGAUGAUCAAAAUGUAAUGAAAAAACAACGUCGUGGUUCUCCAAGAUCAAAAGCAAAUUUGGCGGGUUUGUGGGGUGUACCUUCUGUUCAACGUUGGGAUUAA